UCCUUUUUUAGAGGGCAUCUGCUGAAAACAGUACUCCUGUGUCUAUGAGGAUGACCAGAGGGAGGAGUAAAGCAACUUGUAGGCCAGAGGUAAUUCCUGAAUCUCAACUUGAAGAGCUGGAACAUGCAGAAAGAAAAUCAGAUGUCAGUGAUACCUCAGAGAUGCAAAUAACUAGAAAUCAGAACAAAACUGUUGCAAAAUCAAGUGCUGAACCACAACCUGAUGGGAAUGUGUCCGAAACAGAAUCAAACUGCUCUUCUGUACCUGGUCUUCAGACGCCGUUGAUCAUAAGGGUAACAAGAAGACGACAGAUAGUAGUUCCUUAUCAGCCGGAUUCUCCUGCCAAAAAAAGGCAAGACAGGACAGCUUUUCUAAAUGAGUUAAUGAGUACUCAGGAUGAAGAUGAUGUCUCUGAAGCAGAGUCGUGUUCUUCUGCUGUUUCUGGUGUCCGGACGCCUAAUGUUACCAAAACUACAAGAAGCAGGCAAAGCAAAAAAAAAGUCCAAUCAGACCCAAUUCUUGAAGCCCAGGGCGAAGAUAUUUCUGAUGCAGAGACAUGCUGCUUUCUUACAGAGCCAUCUGUUAUUACCAAACAAAUUACUAGGACUAUGCAAAUGAAGUCACAAACAGAAAAUGUUGAGCAGAUUGAGAGAGCAAAUAAAACUGUUUCAGAGGAUCAGAUUUUAAUUGAAGACAGAGUUAAAUCUGAGCCAACAACAAUUUCAGAUUCUGGACCUGCUGCAAAAUGUGUCUCUGAUGUGCAAAACUCUCUUGCUCAGGAUAAUAAAGAACCAAAUUCUCUUAAGAGCAAACAGUCCCCCAGAUCUGCUAAUACAACCCUGAGUGAAGAUGUGAAACAAGAUUUUUUGAAUGAUAAAACACCCAGCAGUCUUGCAAAAGUAACGCAAAGAAGUGUCACCAAAUCGCCUAGAAAAAAGGCAAUAAAAGAUACAGAGAUUGUUGCAGAUGAUUCAAAGGAAGUAUGUGGCCAAAUACAAGAAAAGUGCAAUCAAAUACAUAUGGCAGGGGAGAAACCAAAGAGCAUGGAGCUUGCUUUGACUGACUGCAUGAGUGUCAAACAAUCCUUAAAAUUCCCAGGGCAAGUAACACCAAAUAAAAGCAAAAAAAAUCCAGAACAAGAAGGAGCAGAUGAUGAGGCAGCUGUACAGAAGUCUUUCAACCAUGCUAAUGAAUUAAGCAUGGAUAAACAGUCUGAUGUAGUAAGCAGCCCACAAAAGGACAGGCCUAUUGCACAAGUGACUGAUAGCAUUGCUGGUGAAUCCAGAAUGCUUGAAACUGGGGUAAACAGUGAUGAAGAUGAAACAGGACAAUGCAGCGAACCUGAAUCCCAUGGCAGCAAAAGAUCCAACAGCAAAAAUGAUUCUUUCACAUUAUUUCUGAAUAAAGAUGAAAGUGAUGAAUCUGAAUAUAGUGAUAUAGCAGACGUAUGUAUAGAGGAAGAGGAACUGCUUAACACAACAGCAAAUAAGAGAACACCUUCCUUGAACAAAUCUUUAAAAGAAAAUACACUCCAUGCCGAAGGGCUUUUUGUAAUUGAUACUGAGCCAGGCAUGGGUUCUAGCCAACAGUAUUACCUAGAUCAGGUAGACCUAGUUAGUGAUGCUGGAAGUGAGCAUGAAGGAAGUGCAAAAGGUCAGGAAUCCUCACAUGUAGAUGAGGAGGAAGAGGAUUUGAUAGAUGAAGAUGAGAAGGAUGGACAAGAGGUCCUGUCGCAAAAUAAGAAUAAUGUUUUACAUCUGUCCAGCAGUAUAGAUCCCGGUUUGAGUAUUAAGAAGCUCGGAGGUUUAUAUAUUAGCUUUGAUGCAAAAAAACAAAAAUCUAGCUCAAACGUAAUUAAACAACUGAAGGAGAAGAAGAAAGAUGAGCUCUUACAAAAGAGUAUAAUAACUCCAGAUUUUGAAAAAAAGGAAUGUGUUCCACCCUUUAGGGAGUCCCUUCACCAGCUGAAGAAACAGCGCAAGGCAGAGCGAGAGAAAACAACAGGUGAUGGUUGGUUUGGUAUGAAAGCCCCAGAAAUCACAAAUGAACUGAAAAAUGAUCUCAAGGUUUUGAAGAUGAGAGCUUCAUUGGACCCUAAGCACUUUUAUAAAAAGAAUGACAGAGAAGGUUUACCAAAAUAUUUCCAGGUUGGAACCGUGGUUGAUUCUCCUGUGGACUUUUACCACAGUCGAAUCCCCAAGAAACAAAGGAAGAGAACAAUUGUUGAAGAGUUGCUUGCAGAUUCUGAGUUUAGAAGAUAUAAUAAGAGGAAGUAUCAGGAGAUCAUGAGUGAAAAAGCAGCUUUUGCAGCAGGGAAGAAGAAUCGGAAGAAGAAGAAGUUUCACAAUUAAGACUUGAAGAAAAAUAACAACCUGGAACAACCUGUUUGUUAUAAACUGUUUUACAGAAUGCUUACUGGUG